AUGUCAGAAAAUAACAAAAUAUCUCCAUUAAAUUCCCCUUCAAAAUCCCCUCCUCCCCCACCUCUUCCCCCUCAAUUACUUUCCCAAUCUUCACUUUCUGAAGAUAAAAAAUCUGGGGAAGAACAACCACCAAUUAUUCAACAACAAAAUUUACUUUAUCAAUAUUCUCUAAUAAAAUUAACUUUGGAUGAGGAAGAAGCUUUGAUUUUUUUGUUGGAAUUGAUGAUAAACAUAGUUCUCGAAAACCGCGAUCGUUUAGCACAAGUUUGGCCUUUAGUGCGUGAUCAUUUGCAAUGGCUACUUAGUCCUGAUUUUGCCCAAAACAAGCAAAUAACCGAAAGAUCAAUUAUUGCAUUAAUUCGAAUUGCUAAUAGAAAUCUUUUCCGUCUUGGUCAUCCACAACAAAAUGUAAAAAUUCCGCCACUCCCACCACCACUACCUUCUGCGCCUCGGACGGCGCUGACUAAAAGUGUGGUUAUUGUAGUGGAAGAUGAACAAACACAACAAGAGAAUGCUUCUUCCCAAACUAUUCAACACAAAACUAAUUGCUGUGCUGAUGAUGUUCUUCAAUUUAUGGCCCGAAAAAUUUUAGAAUUAAGACCCUCUGAUUUACUUUUAUUUUCUCAACAAAUUUCAAAUGGUCUUCAACAAUUAUUAAGAGCAAAUGCAGCAAAUGUACAUAGCGCUGAACAUUGGGCAAUGUUUUUCUCUAUUUUGGAAGCUGUCGGGGCUGCUGCUUAUCAAGACGAUGAUUUUGAUUUGGUGGAUAUUAUCCAUCCAGUAUCUUCUUCUCCUCCAGCUCCUUUAACUUCUCCUCAACAACCUUUACAACAACUCCCACCUUCAGAUAAAGAAUUAAGUUAUGCAAGUGGCUCUUCUCUAUACAAACGUGGAACAAUUGUAUUAACCCCAAAUUUAUCCCGUCAUGAUUCUGCAGCAUUCCUCAAAGUUGUCGAAACACUUGGAUUUUUGGGGAGAGAUGCUGCCCAUAUUACACCUGAAAAUUUUGGAUUAUUUAUUCAUUGUUUAAGAAUGAUGGUAGAAGCUAGUAUGGAUGGGGGAAAGUUCGUUUUAAAUUCUCCUCAUGUAAGGAAGAGAAAGAUCCAGCUAGCAUUUAAAACGCUUACUAGGCGGGGGUUUAAGAUUCAUUAA